AGUCAACGUGCUCUCCCUGUUGGACAUCAAAGGUACUGCAGCCUACACUGCAGCACAUCCUGAAGCAGAAAAUAAACAGCACAGCAUUUUGGUCAUUUUUCCUAAAGUACAUGGGUUUGAGCAGGACACGGGAUGGAGGCUAUUUACACUCAAGGCAUUUGGAUGGCUGAGAGUCUCCAGCAGAGGACGAGGACGCAAGAAAAACUUUGGAUACUUGUCACACACCUAGGAGACCCCAAAGCUGCCUUCCUGCUUCUCUUUCCCUUCACUUAUUUUCUCAGCAGACGAGCCGGAGUGGCAGUGAUCUGGGUGGCGGCCUUAUCGGAGUGGCUGAAUUUGGUGUUUAAAUGGUGAGGCUGAACUGUGUUAUUGUACUAUAUGCUGUCAAAAGCAUGUUAGCAAUGCUCUUUUAUCAUUAGACUGUGUAAACUACAGGGAAGUGAACACAGUUAAUUAGCUCUGUAUCUUUUAAAUGUCUCAAUUUGACACUCAAUUUUGAGGCAGUUUUGUAUUUUAUUCUGUUGACGUCGCAGCUUCCGGGGAAGCAAAUGCGUUCCGUCCUCGUCUAUUGUUCUACUCGAAACAUUAAGCAGCGGAACCUUGCUUUUUCAAUUCAACCCGGCGGCCUUUGCACGAGGUUUUAUGGCACGUUCGUUUUAAAGCUCCGCUGGGAUGACCUUUUACAAGACAUAAUGGAAUUUUGUGUCGGUUUGACCUUUAAACACACGACCAUUAUCCAGACAUCUGUCCAUUAACAAUGUCUGAAACCAAUUCUGGCGGUGUGUUUCAGACCAACUCAUCAAUUGCAAGCUGCCAAAAGAGUUGUCAUUUUUUAAUAAUUAUGAUUUUUAAUGAAUGGGAAAUUUGUCUGUUUUAAAACAGGCAGGAUGUUAAUUUUUGGUCAAGGUUCACUGACAACCUGUGUACAAGCCAGACUCAAAAAGACAGCUUUGUCAAAGAAGGAUAUCAAAGUUGACACCAAACAAAAGUUGCUCACAGGAGCUUAUAGAAAAACAUAUGAAUCUCGCGGCCUUUUUUACAUCAUAGCUGAUUUUUUUUUUAAUUCAAUUAAAAAAAGUUGAUUGAUUUUUUAAAAAUUAAUCUUAUCUUUUUCUUCCUAAAAAUAAUUUUAUUUUUUAUUUUUAUGUUGAAAAUUCUUCGAUUUAGUUAAGUUCUUAUAAACUUAAUUUAGGUUCCGCUUUUUGUUUAAAAAAAAUAGAAAAUUCCUUAAUUUAGUAUGGUUUUUUUACAUUUUAAUGUCACGUUUGUUUUUCAGAUUUAUUUAUGUUGUUUGAAAGUGCAUUAAUUUAAUUUAUUUAUCAUAUUGUGAAUUUUUGUUUUGUUUAAGUUCUUAUAAACUUAAUUUAGGUUUCGCUUUUUGUUAAAAAACAUAGAAAAUUCUUUGUUUUGGUUUAGGUCUUUUUCAUUUUAGUGCUUGGUUGUUGUUUUUUUUCCUGUGCAGCCACAAAUAUGUGAUUUUAACACUUUGUUAAAGAUCAUGUUGUUACACCCUCAGGUACAGCAGGUGGCAGUAUGCAUCUUUACUACUGUUACUGUAACAAACACAGUAAAACAUUACAUUUUGUGAUUUUGUUUCUUCCAGGAUGCUGUUUGGGGAACGGCCAUUCUGGUGGAUCGGGGAAUCACGCCUUUUUGUCAACAAGCAGCCUCAAGUUCGCCAGUUUUCCUCCACGUGUGAGACUGGUCCAGGUGAGGAGAGCUCAAAGACAAACACAGCAUGAAUCACUCACUGAGAGACCACAGACUUCCUGCAGUCAGAGCUCUAAAUCUGAUGUUUGUGUCUCAGGGAGUCCGUCAGGUCAUGCGAUGGUGACGGCAGCAGCCUGGUGGGUUGUGGUGUCCUCACUGGGGUCGUAUCUGUACACUCGUACCCACAGGUAUGCUUGAGUGGACGGCAUUAAAAAAAAGCGAUUUUUGCAUUUGGAAACAGAAAAUCAGACAAAACCGACUCUGAUAUGAUGAACUCUCUUUCUCUUUGUGCCCCCAGUGUGCUGUUAUCUGCUGUUCCUUACCUCCUCUAUGUGAUAAUGCUGGUGGCCGUCGGACUCUCCAGGAUUUUCAUUCUUGCCCACUUUCCUCAUCAGGUCGUCGCUGGCUCUAUUACAGGUCUGAGUACACCUUCUUGUUCUUCUUGGAACACCAUAGUUGAGCAGCUGCAGUGUCUUCCUGCUUCCUGCUGUGAUGGAAAAUAGUGACACAAAUACUUCUAGUUUAAGCUUCCUCUUACAAGCUAGGUAUACAGGUGUAGCUGAAAAGAGCCUUUUUGAGUGUGUGAAAUGCCACAGACAUGCAGGGAAUUUAAUAUUUGCAAUAUUCUAUUCAAACUGACUGAAAUUAUUUUUGUCAGGUAUCAUCUUGGGGGUCAUUCUGAGCCGCAGAGUCCCAGAAGGUCGCCCCCUGCUGUUCUUCUUUGGCCUAAGCUUUGGUUUGCUGCUGGGCACUGUGUUGCUACAUGAUGGACUGCGGAAACUGGGGAUCAACCUCUCCUGGUGGGUCUUUGGAAAUCAUAUUAAACUCAGGUUUUGUGCACAAGAAGUUUUUUUUAAUAAACAGGACAUAUCUAUCUUUUUUUGCAGGUCUAUUGCUCUGGCAGAGAAAUGGUGCAGCCAUGAGGAGUGGAUCCGUUUGGACACAGCCCCAUUCUCCUCUUUGACUCGAGAUUGUGGGGCUCUCCUGGGUUUGGGGCUGGCUCAGUACUGGAAACCUGGUGGUUAUUCUCUGCCGUGGGCCCCACGAGCUUUGUGCCUGGCCUUCUCCUCCAUGGGUCUGUACCACGUCAAUCGUCUGCCGCUCCCAAUCCAACCUCAGGGCCUCUUCUAUGGCCUGUUCUUUGUCAAAUUUGUCAUCGUGCCUCAGAUUGUCAUGGUGCUUGUGCCGGGACUCGUUCACCUUUUCACUCACAAGAAGAGGAAGGACUAGGGACUAUUUUCACUCCAUUUCUGAGGAGUUUUCUCCUCCAAUUUUGACAGAUCACUCCCCAGUUUCUGUAUAUACUAACUAAAUGUACAUUUAAUGCAAAUGCUUUGGGUUAGAGGUGUUUAUGUUUCAUUUUUUAACUUUGCCACAAAUGAACUUGAGAGACUCUUUAGCAAUGCCUUCAUGUUUUUUCCUUUUUACAGUGAAGCAGGUGAGCUUCAAACUGUAUCACAUGUUUAACUACUGCUUAUUUGCAGAAAAUGUACUGUAUAUGCUGUUAAAAUAAUAAGAGUUAUCUCAUAGUAUUUCCUGCUUUUAAGGUUUUGCUGAAAAAACGAGGUGCUGUGCAUCAAAAUGAUGAUACAUUUGCUUUUCAGUGUUACUUCAGAAAGGUUGUGGGAGAAUUUUUUUGUUUAUUUUUACUGUGUUGACUAUUUGUUCUAACUUGAACAACCUCAGCUCCUAGACCUUCAACUGUUUCAGGAUCAGGUUGCUCAGACAGCAGAAAAAUGACUCAUCUCUCAAUCUGAGGACCAAAAAUUGUCCAUAAAGUGGUUUAUGGCGGUCAAAAUUUAUCUUACAAUUACAUGAUACAAUUACACGUUACAAUUACAUGAUUAAAUUCUAAGUUCCUGUGUUUACAUUGCACUGUAAUGUCAUGAAUAUUCCACCAAUGUAGCACUGCACUUCUAUAAUGUCGAUGUUGUAUUAGAAGGUCAAAUUAAAACGCAAUAAAAAAGGUGAAACAUUA